CGUUGCAUAACCGUACUGCAGCCUGUGCGCGUUCAUCUCCACUCCGCGGUUUACCUCUUCUAAAACAAUGGCAGCUGCGAAGAAAGUCUGCAUCGUGGGCUCCGGAAACUGGGGCUCAGCCAUCGCCAAGAUUGUGGGUGCCAACACUGCUCAAAAUGUGAAAUUUGACAACACUGUGAAGAUGUGGGUGUUUGAGGAGAUGGUGAAUGGUCGCAAACUAACUGAAAUAAUCAACACUGACCACGAAAAUGUGAAAUACCUUCCUGGACAUAAGCUCCCAGCGAAUGUGUUGGCGGUGCCGGAUCUGGUGGAGGCGUCCAAGGAUGCAGAUAUUUUGGUGUUUGUGAUCCCGCACCAGUUCAUUGGGAAAGUGUGUGACACCAUGAAGGGAAAGAUAAAGAGUGACGCUCUGGGCAUUUCGCUCAUUAAGGGGGUGGACGAGGGACCCGACGGACUCAAACUCAUCUCUGAUGUGAUCCAGGAGAAGCUCGGCAUCACCAUGAGUGUGCUGAUGGGCGCCAACAUCGCCAAUGAGGUUGCUGAUGAGAAGUUUUGUGAGACCACCAUCGGCUGCAAAAAUAAAAACCACGGCGCUGUGCUGAAGGAACUCAUGCAGACCGACAACUUCAGAGUUACAGUGGUGGAGGAGUACGAUGUGGUGGAAAUCUGCGGUGCCCUGAAGAACAUUGUGGCGGUCGGCGCAGGUUUCUGCGACGGUUUGGGUUUCGGUGACAACACGAAGGCAGCGGUGAUCAGGCUGGGUCUCAUGGAGAUGAUCGCCUUCGCCCGCAUCUUCUGCACGUCCGGGCCCGUGUCCUCCGCCACCUUCCUGGAGAGCUGCGGCGUGGCUGACCUCAUCACGACCUGCUACGGCGGCCGCAACCGCAAAGUCGCAGAGGCUUUUGUGAAGACGGGGAAGUCCAUUGAGGAUCUGGAGAAAGAGAUGCUGAACGGUCAGAAGCUGCAGGGGCCGGCCACAGCCGCCGAGGUCUAUCUCAUCCUCAAACACAAAAACCUGGUUGAGAAGUUCCCGCUCUUCAACGCCGUGUACCAGAUCUGUUUCCAGGGCCAUCCCGUCACAGAGUUCAUCAGCUGUUUGCAGAACCACCCAGAGCACAUGUAAGGAAGGAAAAACGAAGCAAACUGAGCGAGUGCCUUUUCACCGGACAAAACCACCGCUCCUCCUUUACCUGCGGGGGGGGGGGGGGGGGGGGGGGAAGGUGGAGGGACGACUCCUCACUCCACCGCCGUCCAGCAAACCCGACGGCUCCAGCUGGCGAAUCCGUAUUCAGGUUGCAUGGCGCGUGUUCUCCUCCACUUCCACCUCUUUUACCCCGACAUCCGUCCUGACAUCCUUUCGAAGUGCUUUCUUUCAUUUCCACACGUGCUGAACCUCGAAGGUCAUUGUUGGGAGCGCUGGUUAACCUGCAGCACUCCAGCCUUCAUAAAACAUUGUUUUAAUUGAGAAAAUAUGACACGAACUGCCAUUUAGUGACUCAAAUGUUCAUACUGUUCUACGUUAUGCAUACAGAUGUCCACAGGGAUGACCACUCGGGAGUUAAAAGCUAUUGACAACCUUGUGUAGAGGAAUUCCUCCUUAUGUAACAUUAAUGUUGUCGUCCAGUCCAACGCCUGUCCGUCAUUUAAUUAUAGAUGUAAUACCUCACUUCGUUACGUCUGUAUGUUUUAAGUGUCUUGCAUAAUUCACUGUAAUAUCUUCCUGUCUUGUACUGUACAUGAACAUACUGACAGAGUGCACAGAACUUGUUUUUAACGAAAUAUUAUCGUGCCUUAAACUGCAUGGUUGACAAGUUUUGGCCUUUUUUUGGGGGGGGUGUGUGUGUGUCAAACCAAAGAUGUUGAAGGACAAUUCAGUUUUACUUCUACCUGUCCUGAUCAUCUGCCAUGUUGUGGUGUUUUGUAUCACCUCUGCAGAUUCCAUUUAUAUAAAUUUUAAUCGAUUAUUGGCUUAGGAAAGCAGCUAAGCGACAGAUCUUCUCAAAAACUUACCAGUGCAGAGUUAACACGUCAGGUCGGGGGGGAAGAAGAAUUGGAUUAUCUUUGUAACUUCAACUUCCAUCCAUUAGAACAUGUGUUACUGUGAUCCUGCCUGACCCAGUUUUCACUUUGUUUCAACUAAUGUGUUGAAGAUAAUCUCAAGAUUCAUCCGUGAAUAAAUGGAUUCUGGUGUCAAAUCA